UCUCGACGCUCGGUUUUCGACCUCCACGGUCUCGACGCUCAGUUUUCGACCUCCACGCUCGGUUUUCGACCUCCACGGUCUCGACGCUCGGUUUUCGACCUCCGCGGUCUCGACGCUCGGUUUUCGACCUCCGCGGUCUCGACUCUCGGUUUUCGACCUCCACGGUCUCGACGCUCAGUUUUCUACCUCCACGAUCUCGACGCUCGGUUUUCGACCUCCACGAUCUCGACUCUCGGUUUUCGACCUCCACGGUCUCCACGCUCGGUUUUCGACCUCCACGGUCUCCACGCUCAGUUUUCGACCUCGACGCUUGGUUUUCGACCUCCGCGGUCUCGACGCUCGGUUUUCGACCUCCGCGGUCUCGAGUCUCGGUUUUCGGCCUCCAAGGUCUCGACGCUUGGUUUUCGACCUCCACGGUCUCGACGCUCGGUUUUCGACCUCCACAGUCUCGACGCUCGGUUUUCGACCUCCACGGUCUCGAUGCUCGGUUUCCGACCUCCACGGUCUCAACGCUCGGUUUCCGACCUCCACGGUCUCGACUCUCGGUUUUCGACCUCCGCGGUCUCGACUCUCGGUCCAGGACCUCAGCAGUCUCGACUCUCGGUUUUCGACCUCCGCGGUCUCGACUCUCGGUUUUAGAUCUCAGCGGACAUCCAAUUCAUGAUUGCUUCGUAUUCAAGGACAAGGUUAUGCAGCUGACACGACAAGGAAAAAUCUCACUAGAAGAAAGUAGUGCAACUGUUAAUUAUACAAGCGAAGCUUGCAACAUGACAAAUGAGCACGAAGCUCCGCUAGAAGAAAACAAUCUGUCUGAGGUUGAAAAUCCCCAUGUUGGUAAUGAUUCCAUGAUGGUCUUUACUGAUGAAGACCUGCUGCUUGGUUCUAAGCCUCACAAUAGACCCUUGUUCGUGGCCGGAUAUGUGCAAGAGCAAAAGCUUAAUCGAAUAUUGAUUGAUGGAGGAUCAGCAGUCAACAUCUUGCCUCUUCGCACGCUGAAAGAGUUAGGAAUGACUACGGAAGAACUUGGUAAUAGUCGACUGAUGAUUCAAGGCUUUAACCAAGGGGGACAAAGAGCUCUUGGCAUCAUAAGGUUGAAGUUGUUGAUGGAAGAUAUGGAAUCAACCGCAAUGUUCCAUGUUAUCGACGCAAAGACUUCUUACAACAUGCUUCUUGGUCGUCCAUGGCUUCAUGAGAAUGGCAUGGUUCUGUCAAAAUGGCAUCAAUGCUUCAAAUAUUGCAAAAAUGGCAUU